CAAUAAUGGUUAGAAGUAUUUAUUCCAAUUUUAAGCAAGUUUUUGGAUAUUUCCUGGCUAACUCAACUCUUGGUAACGAAAAACAAGCAGAAAUAAUAAUAGAUGCAGUGAGAACUAUUAGAAACAUCGGAUUUCAUCCGGUGGUUACCAUUAUGGAUCAGCAUGCGACGAAUUGUAGAAUGGUAGAACAAUUAGGUGCAGAAAAAGAAAAUCCAUUUUUCAUGGUGGAUUCAACACCAGUGGUUGUCAUGUACGAUAGUCCACACUUAAUCAAAUCUUUACGCAAUAAUCUAUUUUCUAAAAAUUUAUUAUACGAUGAAAACAUCGUUUCUUUCCGGUAUAUAAGAGAACUAUUUGAAAUUGAUGUGAAAAACAUGCCGCGCAUGGUUCCAAAACUAACCAACAAAGCGAUUGCAUUGCAAGCAUUCGAUAAGAUGAAUGUGAAAACUGCAACAAGAACUUUAAGCAGAACAACAGCAAAAGCGAUGGAAGCUUAUAUAGAAUUGAACAUGCUGCCAAAAGAAGCGUUCGCUACUGCUGAAUUCAUCAACCAAGUCGAUGCGUUAUUCGAUCUGUUUAAUUCUAGGUUCGAAAACGAUUCUGUAAAGGCAAGAAUGAUAUUUUUGCAGCCAUAAACAUUAAUAUCAUGCUUUUUAUUUAUCAUAGCCCCUUCGAGCAGCUAUUUCGGAGAAUUCAGAGCAUUGGAGCUUUCUGUUGAAGAUUCAAAAGAUUCUCGAGCAUGCAUUGUUUGUUCCUGAAACUUCAUUCGAUUCGUUAAAUGUAAUACACCAUGCUAUUUUCCUCUAUGUAUAUUACACAUUUAAAGCAAAACAUUUUGCUCUCAAUUUUACAUCCACAUCAGUUAUGUAUGAGUCAAUAUGUAUGAGUUAAUUCGAAAUAUUUAUCCAGGCAUCUCAAGAUUCAAUGAAUUUCCUAACUGCAACUCAGAGGACUCCUCCUUGUCUUAAAGGAUUUAUUCACAACAUAAAUGCAAUCCGAUUAUUGUGGAGAAUCGUACACGAAGAAUACGGUUUUACACAUUUGUGUAUGAACAAAGUGUGUCAAGACGCGCUAGAGAACACGUUUGCAGCAGUCAGGCGAUCUUGUGGAUGUAACGAUACUCCAACCAGCCAUCAAUUUGGAAUCGCAGUAAAAUAUUGCAGUGUUCGUGGAACAUUGGAAAAAAUAUACGGUUCCAACUGUGAACCCGAUCAAACUUCUAAUCUUCUCGAUGUUGAAGAAAACGAUAAACUUCCAGAAAGUUUCGUAGAGUCAGAAAAAGAUCCAUUAACGCUCAAUAGAAGUUGUGUCACGCACUCUUUUGAGCCAUUAGAUUUUGACAGCGAAAUGCCAGACAUUCCCGAAACAAACGCAUUAGUAUACAUCAUAGGAUACGCAACAUCCAAACUAUCACACAAAAAUUGUAAGCAAAACAUGAACUUGGCACAUAAUAGUAUACAAACUCUCAAUGUAAACUAUACGUAUUGCAAACUAAAGCACUUCCUAAAUGCAUCAGGAUUCAAUUUUCCAAAUCAUACGACGUUAGAGAUAGGUAUAAUAUUACUAUUUGCUUUUAAGCAGAAAUUUUACCAGUUCCUUGGAGAAAGCCGAUAUAAGGUUAGGAAUAGGCUGAAAGAAUACGUGAAGUAUGAAGACUACAAAUUGAUUUUGUGUCAGGUUUGUUUUGACAAAUUCACAUCCUGCGUUUUGAAUACUCUCAUCAAAGGACAAAUGAGCAAAAUGAUGCAUAACUUUAAUAAAAAACGGUACAUUAGCCGCCGAAAGCGAAAUGGAAAAGCUAGAAGAAUGGGUCUUGCAGGCAGAGUAACAAAAGCAAAAAAAUGCACAACGGGUGCUACAAUUUAUUCUAAAAAGACCCAACGAGCAUGAAAUCU